CAUGUUUAAUCUAUUAAGCACUGUAUUCUCAGCUGACUCUGUAGAAGUGUCGCUUCACAGUUUAAUUAAUAAGAAAAUACAAAGUCUAGGCGAACAAUUGAUUGAAAGAAGUCAACUUGUUGAGGAUACCUCAAUUAAUCCUCAGGAAUUAAUUGAAAAGUUUAUGAGUUAUGAUAAAAAAGUGUUUUUGAACCCAAAUAGCCUAGAAAAGGAAGAGAUAAUCAUUAAACAAUGUUUCUUAAUUACCGCAAUAGAAGAUACGCUAAAUAUGCUUAAAAAGGAACAAUAUGCUGAGUUAGAGAAUUUUAUUUAUUAUUUAGAUAGCAAACUUUCAGAUCCAGAUACUUUUGUUCAUAAUAAACCAUGGAUUUUAAAUGAAAACCAUUUACAAAGAAAAGAUGAUAGUAUUGAUUCUAAAAAAAAAACUAGAAAACUAAAAGAAACUAUGCAAAAUAAGUCUAAAUUGAGAUCAGAAAAUGACUCGAUGUUUGAUGAAUCUUCUAAAUCAAUUCAUGUCAAAAAUUUAAGGUUAGGUAAGAUUGUUAUUCGGAACUUCCAUUGUAAUUCCAUAUUCAACGAAGAACCUAAAAAUUCUAUAGGAAAGGAGAUUUUAAGUUCAUUGGAGGUUGAUAUAAAUCCCUCUUCCGAAGAUGAAUAUUCAUCUAAUACAGUUGAUUCUACAGAGCUAUCUUCAGAUGAUAAAGAUAUAUCAAGAACUUCUAAGCAAACAGACCAAGAUAGUAGCUCUAGUGAUGAUGAUUACCAAAAGGAAGAUCUAGAAGAAGGAAUUAACAAUAGUGAAGAAACCAAACCAUUGCUAGAGGACUUUAAUAGGGAGUUCAAAGAAAACGGUGAAGUAGUUACGAAGUAUUACACUAAUAAUAAGUAUGAAACACUAAAAGAAGAUGAAGCUUGUAAUAGUACUAAGCGAAAUGAUGAAAAACAGCCAGAAACCGAAGUUAUAAAGUCUGGUUUGAAUAAAGAAAAUGAACGAAUAAUUUCAGAGUCGCAUGAAAUUAAUAGUAAUUGA